UCCGUCUCCUAACCUAUUUCAGCAAAUUGUUGAGCCCCAAACCCAACGAUUCAGCGGAAAAAAGAAAAAAUCCCAACCCACCACAACCCAGCAAAUUGUUCCGGUUCGGCUUUAUCUCAGAUCUGAUUCUCAUCGACUUUGUUGGUGUGCGCAAUAAUAUCUUUCUCCAAUCUCCUCUUAUAUCGAUCUUUGGCAAUGUCGGGCGUUGAAGCUAAAUUUUUGGAGAUACUUGAAGAUAAUUUCGAAGAUAAUUUAUUGGAGCAUAUCGAAGACGCUGUCAAGAGUCUGAAAGAAAAUCCCACUCCAUGGAGGAUCAAGCGUUGGAAAAAUUUUCUAGGAGACGACCUUAAACGACAGGAAGAAGAAGAAGUCAUCCCUUCUUCAUUUGAUAAAAAGCAAUUGCGGAUAGGCAAAAAAUUAGUGGUUUUAUUAUCAAAGGAAAUCGGUCGAGGUAGCGAUGGGACUGUAGUCUAUGAGGGGUCUUAUGAAGGUAGAAAAGUCGCCGUGAAACGCCUUGUCAAAACUCAUAUUACACUGGAUGACAAUGAAAUCGGGAAUCUCAUAGCGUCUGAUCAUCACCAGAAUGUUGUAAGGUAUUAUGGCGUGGAACAUGACAGAGAUUUUACUUAUCUUGUUCUGGAGCUCUGUGAUUUUAAUUUGGAUGACCUUAUCCGAAUAACUUCUUUGAAUUCCUCUCCAUACGAGCUUGAUCCUAACUACCUUUAUGGUGGUACGAGCACCAUGACUAUGUAUAAAAACCGCUGGGAGCUACUAAAGAAUACUUUGGGAGAUGUUAAACUUCUCAAAGAAAAUAAUGACCGUCCGUCACCUUUGUUACUUCAGCUGUUGAGAGACAUGGUUUCUGGACUUGUUCAUCUGCAUAAAUUGGGUAUAAUUCACCGAGACUUAAAGCCCCAAAACAUUUUAAUAACUAAAAGAAAUUGUACUUUGUGUGCAAAGCUUUCAGACAUGGGCAUCCACAAACGCCUCCUAGAGGACGAGGCUUACUCAUAUGUUACUUCUUAUGGUUGCGGCGCAAGCUGGAGAGCAGCUGAACAGCUACUUCAUGGAAAACAAACGAGUGCCACGGAUAUGUUUAGCUUAGGUGGCAUCGUCUUUUUUUGCGUCACUCGUGGUAGGCAUCCAUUUGGGGAUCUUGAUGUACAAGAGUGGAAUAUUAUUAGAAACCAAAAGCAAGACUUGUUUUUGAUACAGGAUUUUCCAGAAGCCUUCCAUCUUAUUUCUCGUUUAUUAGAACCUGAUCCUGAAAAGAGGCCAAAAGCAAGUGAGAUAUUGCAACAUCCACUGUUCUGGGAUGCAGAGAGGAGACUUUCUUUUCUGUGUGACACUAUUGAUAGAUUAGGCGGGAACUCUGAUCUUUUCAAGCCGCUCAAACGUACAGCAUGCACGGCUUUAGGUACAAAAUGGAAUAAGAAGGUAGAUGACAAGAUAGUUAGGCACAUGAGGCCGUACUUAAAAAGGGAUUACAAAUUUAGCAGUGUUCGAGACUUGUUACGACUGAUUCGAAACUUGUUGAGUCAUUAUGGAGAGCUUGCUCAAGAUGUUCAGAUACUCGUAGGACCGAUGCAUGAAGGAUUUGAUGACUAUUUUACAAGCCGAUUCCCAUCACUCUUGAUGGAAGUAUACAAAGUUGUAUGCUCAUACUAUGGAGAAGGGGAGUACUUCACGAAAUAUUUUGCAGGGAAUCUGUAAGUGGCCAGCGGUCCUUUCAAGAUUCUACGAAAGAUCAACGAUAAUGCUUACGUUGUGGGUUUAACUCCAGACAUGGGAAUUUCGUCAACUUUCAAUGUUUCAGACCUAUACGAACACUAUCCCCCUGAUGAAUUGCAACUUUCUACCUAACCUUGAGGACGAAUUUUUUUUUUUUUGCCCCCCCCCCCC